AUGCGGCGGCUUCUGCAGGGCGCCGUCAGGGCCCCCGAGCCCUCGAAGCGCGACGCCGUGAUCUUCACUGAGGAGGGCUGGGCCCGCGCGGCGAGCAGCAGCAGCUACGGGUACCCUGCUGCAGCAGCAGACGAAGCAGCAGCAGCAGCAGCAGCAGCAGCAGCAGAGGACUACUACUCGGGGGCCGACGAGUACGCGGAAAACGAAGCUGAGGGCGAAGAGCUGGACUACAGCGGCUGGGAGGAAGCAAAAGGGGGCGAGGAGGUUUGGCCCGAGGAGGGCGAGGAGUACUCUUCCGCAGAAGCAGCAGCAGCAGCAGCAGCAGCAGCAGCAGCAGCAGCGGAGGAGGAGGAGGGGGACUACGGGUACGGGUACUCCGGGGACUCGGGGGAGACGGAGGAGGGCACGGAGCGCGGAGGAAAUUGCUGCUCGCGUGGAGGUGCGGGAGAGCGCGGGCAAGGGCAGGUGUCUGUACACCCGGAGGGCCCUCGCGCCCGGGGAGAUAGUCUUCGUGGAGGCCCCCCUGUUUGUUGCAGUGCCCUCUUUGGCGCCGCAGCUGUGGGUCUUGCUGCAGCAGCUGCACGCGGAGGGGCCCCUCGAGCUGCCCCCGAUUUGGCACUUGGCGGCCCUCUGUACCCUUUUUCUGCUGCCCCAGGGGGCCCUCGACAGGGUCCUCGACAAGUGUGGCGGUUCAACAGCUUCGGACACGGAAGCGAAGGCGAGGGUUUAAUCCUCUAUGAUAGAGUUUCGAUGAUGGCGCACAGCUGCAGAGCUUCGGCCUGCUGGCACUACGGAGGCGCGGAGGUUUUCGUGCUGAAGGCCCGAGGGUUUGUGGCGGCGGGGGGGGAGUUGACGAUUUCUUACAUUGGGGACGAGGAGCUGUUCAAACCCUCGAGCGUGCGCAGGCUGAAGCUGAGUGGCUGGCGGUUUUGCUGCUGCUGCUGCUGCUGCAGCGCAGCGGCGGAGCCCGCCCGCGGCUUCAGGUGCAGCGUCUGCGGCUCCGGCACCAUGUUCUUCAAGACCGAGGACGACCUCGACACGAUUCUGUUUGAGGGCUACAGAGCCUGCGGGGAUUACGAAGCUGCUUACACUCACCAGCUGCGCCGCCUGGAAUACGUGAAUGCAGUGA